CUUCGUUGUUUACAUUCUUUAAAACCGAAAGUAGAAGAUGGCCGAAAAACAGUACAAGGUUUCAGGAAAGAUGAUGGGAGACAAAUCUGCCGUGGUUUCCGAUAGGCCAAUUAAAACACUUCUUAGCGACUCAAAGAUAUCAGCAUAUAAACAAAAACUCCCAGAAGGCUACAUUGAAGCAGCAAAGAAACAAUACUCAUCAUUACUUUCAGAUUUGGAGAAGCUCAAAACUGCUCACCCACAACAGUUUAAGAUGUUAGAGAUGAACAGAAAAGAAAAACUCACAGAGAAAUCAAAAGAAAAGAAAGGGGAUGUUGGAGGAGAUCUACAUAAUAAGGAUCAGUCAGUCAUUGCUAUAUAUACACUGCUACAAAUAGUAGAGGCAUCAGAGAGAGAAUGGGAUGAGUUACACUACCUUUUGAAUGCCAGAUAUUUCCUCAAAGAGAAACCGAAAAGUCAGCAUGAAGACCAUCAAUCACAAGAUUCCCACAAACACGAAACCAAAGGUGUUUCACAAACGCUACCAUCUUCAAAACAAGGAUCAAGUUAUAACAUAAGUACAGAAGUAAAACGUGAUCCGACUUUUUCAGCAUCUUGCAAAGAGGUUUUAAAUAAGAAAAAUGCAUCAGCACGAAAUCCUGGCUUAGGCCAAACUGAAGAGCAGCGAGGACUCUUACAGAAACAGAAGAGUCAGUCUGUAGGACCACAACCGCGCACUGACCACGAAAACGAUACAAAAAGUGUUUUACAAACACAUGAUGAUACGAAAAAGCUGCAAUCUUCAAAACAUGAAUCGAGGUCUGACACACACACUGAUGGGAAAGCAGUGCAGACUUCGUCAGCAUCUUUCAAAGAGGAUUCAAAUAGUAGAAAUGUAACAACACAGGGUGCUGGUGACUUGGAGCAAACAUGCCAUGGUUUUACUGAUGAAAAUCGAGAACGGAUACAGCUACCAUCUUCAAAUCAUAAAACACAAGGGUCAGGAUCUAACAUACAUAACGAAGGAAAGAGUGUGCAGACUUCAUCUUUGAGAGAGGUUUCACAUAGUACAGAUGUACCUUCACAGAAUGCUGGCAAAUUCAGCCAUACACACCAUGUUUUUACUGAUGAACAGCGAAAACAAAUAAAGCAUGAAGAAACUUUUAUUGAGAGUGAUAGACCUAUUUCCAUCAUUCUUUCACAAAUCAAAAGCGCAGAAUUGCAAAAAGCACUAGAGGAAUACAGAACACUUCGAGAUAAAGAGAGUCAAUUAUACAAGGAUAGAGAAAUAAAGAAUACAUGGGAAACACCAUCUGAUAUAAAUGAUGUAACUGAUGAACAGAAGAGUAAAUCGCCACAUCUGUUCAACAUCUUGAAGAAUCUGAAAGAUAAGACAACAGAUGCUGCAAAGAAAGUGUGGACUGAAUUUAUCAAGUUGACUGAUCAUACUACACCGUCUAGGAAGCAGGAGACAGCAAGUCAUCAUACGCAUCAUAUAGAUGUUCCUUCUGCUUCGAUGACAGAAAUUUCAAAGCAUCCGUCACACUCGGAAAGAGUGCAGCUUAGACCCACAGAAAAGCUGUUUCAAAGGAUAGAAAUGCAGCAUGGAAAAGGAAAAUAUGAAAAAGCGAAGGGACAGUUUUAUCUCCUGGUGAAAAGGGAUGCUAACUUUAAACGGAAAUUUCCUGAUAAAUACAGUGAGCUACAAGUGUUUAUGGAUAAACCUGAAGAUUAUCAAUAUAGUCCAUAUCAGUGUUUGUAUGAUGUUUUGAGUAAAGUAACAAAGAAAGACCCCUUAUAUGAUAAAGUAUGGAAGGAGUAUUUCUUUCUUGUGACGUCAGAUCAACAACACAUUAUAGCUGAAAGUUGUGGACAGGUAUUUAAAUCUGUAUAUAAAAAAGAUAUUGAUUCCGUGGUCGUGCCCCGAAAAUCAUACGAAGAACUGCAAAACGAACUUGUUGAAAAAAUAAAACAGAUAGAGGAGUUAACCACAAGACUUAGUAAAUUUGCAAGUCAGCAACUAACAGCAGGUAAUCCUAACAUUGCUGACCUGAGUGAUAAACACCGGCCCACUAAGAUCGGCGAGCUGUAUAGUGAGUUGUACGACAAUGAAUGGUCGGAGGUGUUCGAAGUGAUUAAAGCCCUUAGACAUCCAAACACUGAGGAGUCCGAGACAGAGUACUUUGAAGAUGUCCUUAAUACUCUGAAAGAUAUUUUAAUGGCUGCUUACGAGUUCUCUGCCGAAAAAAUAGAGUCACAUCUUGGCGAUCUUAAAAACAUUAUGCUUUGUUCAAUAACUUGCAGCAAGGAGAAAGGGACAAAAGAUGAAAGUACAAGGGAAGAACAGAAAAACACGGAAUACGGCCGCUUUGUAACUGAACACGCAAGAAAAUACACUAAAGAGUCAGCCGCUUACACCAUCAGAGAAGCCGCAAAGGUUUUCCAAAAGGAACGUUUGGGUCUAAUUUUUAAAGAAAAAUCCGGUGAUCCCAAAUUAGCUGCAUACGUCGACAAAUGUAUCACAACUGGUACAUUUUUAAAGGAAAUGUAA